UCCGGACGUUGUUUGCCGAAGCACAGUUCGAGGUCGAGCAUCUCGCAGCACUCGUCGCACCGCAGAGAGCGAGCAAGCAAGCUUUGGCCGGUUUGUUAUUGUUGAUUGACACAGCGGAGGGGCCGCAAACUCAGCACGUCCGCGCGCACGCGAAAAGAGAGAGAAGCUUCUAUUUGGCGGCGCCCUCUUUCCACCAGCCGAAUUCAAUCCGCCCGCCCGCCCGCUCCUGCAGCAAAGACGCGCAUCUGACGUGUGUGGGCGUCCGUCCCUCUUUUUGUUCCCACCUCACCGGGCCUACUAAGAGUAAGGUAUUUCUACCGGGCAACCAACCGUCUCGCGAACCGCGACGCAAGACAAGCCAGCCCCAAACCCAAGCCAGCGCCAGGCGAGGUACGUACCGCACCGCGCCCGCAGCAGCACCGCACCACACCACGAGCCGCGACGGGGGCCCACUGCACACGCUCCUUCCUUGCAGCUCCUCUCCCCAAGGAGUCAAAACACUUCCUGUCUUCCCUCACAAGCUAUCCUCGUCCACAUAAACACCAUAAGCUCGCCGGCGUUGCUCGUCCAUACCACCUGAUUUUGUCCAACGUCGCGCUCGUCAUCGUACAUUUGCUUGCGAGCGACCUGUUUUAACACGUUUCAGUAGAGUUUUCGACGCGGCAUACCCGUUUCUCCCGUCACAACAUUCCAAGCGCGCUGUUGUCGCCCACCGCCCCAUCUGUCUGUCUCUGGACCCAGAGGUAAGUAGGGCAGCGAAUUCCUCGUCUUAUUCGCAUGUCUCAGCGGCGCCGACUGCCUUUUCUUAAUUCGCGAUCCCCGACCUCUUUCUGUCCUUCUUCUCCGUUCAUUCUCGACGCGUUGUCGACUGACCCAUCCUGUUACGUUGCAGCUCGGUCACCGGCAUUACUAUAUGUUCUAGUCACAUCCGCUGCUAGACUUUCCAAUAUGCCUGGCCGUCCUGCCACACGAGGACGUGUCGUGUCAGACGAGAACGACUCGACGCGUAUCAUGACACGCGCCAAGUCGGCUGCUCUCCACGUCGACGAAGCCAGCAUGCCCGUCAAGGGUGCCCUGCAACCGAAGAAGUCGGCCUUGAACGCCAACAAUACCGGAACCCAACGGAGUCGCGCCGCACUCGGCGAUGUCAGCAAUGUCGGCAAGGCAAAUGUGACGGAGGGCAAGAAGGCGGCCGGUGGCAAGGUCGGAUUGGUCUCCAAGGCUGCACACCCCACUGGAGUCCAAAAGACGCGUCCUGCGAGCCGUGCUGCCCUCAGCACCAAGACCUCCAACGCGCCGGAGAGCAAGAGGGCCGGAUCUGGUGCCGGAGCCAUCGCUGGACCCAAGCGAAAGGUCGCGCCAUCGGCUGUCAGCAGGGACGAGAAUAGCGUCGAGCCGGCCGAGCCCGCUCGCAAGAAGGCACACACGGCCGCCGAGGCCAAGCGCGUUCGUGCUGAGGCAGUCGAGGCCAAGGCCAAGCCGGCGCCGCCCAAGGUCGAGGAGCCCAAGGCCGCACCGGCUCCCCCCGACAACGACGACGAGGAGCAGCCUCUUGAUCUGGACCAGGAGGAUCUCGACGACCCUCUGAUGGUCGCCGAGUACGCCAAUGAAAUUUUUGAAUACCUUCGCGAUCUCGAGGUCAAGUCGAUUCCCAACCCGCAAUACAUGUCGCACCAGGACGACCUGGAGUGGAGAACGCGUGGCAUCCUCGUCGAUUGGUUGAUAGAGGUUCACACUCGCUUCCACCUGCUCCCGGAGACUCUCUUCCUUGCUGUCAACAUCAUCGAUCGGUUCCUGUCCGAAAAAGUUGUCGAGCUGGACAAGCUUCAGCUCGUCGGCAUCACGGCCAUGUUCAUCGCGUCAAAAUACGAAGAGGUCCUGUCACCUCACGUCGAGAACUUCAAGCGCAUCACAGACGACGGCUUCAGCGAAGCCGAGAUCUUGGAGGCUGAGCGGUUUCUUCUCAGCACUCUCAACUACGACCUGAGCUACCCCAACCCCAUGAACUUCCUCCGCCGGGUUUCGAAGGCGGACAACUAUGACAUCCAAUCUCGGACCAUCGGCAAGUACCUCAUGGAGAUCAGCCUCCUAGAUCAUCGUUUCAUGGCCUACCGGCCAAGCCACUGCGCGGCGGCCGCCAUGUACCUGGCCCGGCUGAUGCUGGACCGAGGCGAAUGGGACAAGACAAUUGCACACUACGCCGGCUAUGCCGAGGAGGAGAUUGAGCCUGUAGUCGAGCUCAUGGUCGACUAUCUUGCACGCCCGGUCGUGCACGAAGCCUUUUUCAAGAAGUAUGCCAGCAAGAAGUUCCUCAAAGCUUCUAUUCUCGCCCGGCAAUGGGCCAAGAAGAAUGCGGAGCUUUUCGGGAUCACGGAUACCGAACUGUCGCUUGAUCAAAUCUCAUGAUUACGACAGCACCCUGGCAAGGCAUCAGACGCUCGCUUGACAGUAGUUCACCUAUGACUGCCGCACUCGGCUUCAUGGACACUGUCAGCCAGUCGUGGAAGACAACGACGUUGUCUCCUAUGGUAACGCAUCAACGGCUGCUGUCCCGCGCGCUACCGCCCGCUAGGUGGUGGCACUUUUUUUCUGCCCGACGCCCUCGACCAAGGUUGAAGGGCAUUGGGGCAAAGACGGGUCCUUGGAAUGACCCGUCACAUUAUUCCCGUCUGAUUUCUGGCAGCUCGCAUCUGCAUUUGUCGUCUUUUCACGUAUUUCAGCAUGGAAUUGUACACAUCGUUUACACAUGGCGCUCGGAGUCCUUGACAGAGAAGGGGAGCGACGACACGGUUGGGCAGGGCUGGAGUUGACUGCUCUGGCGGUCGGUACGGCACGGGGUUUGGGGUUCGGCACCUGCAGAAGGGGCAGCCACCACGGAGCUGCGCUUUGGUGUGGGCAACACAGCGGUAUGCUUUGGUCUCCAGAUGAGGCACGGCCAGACCACGUGGGGAUUUGAGCAUCUUGGUGAAAUAGGGCGACCAGCUCCCCAUGGUCUGUCGGCGGCUUUAUUACUGGAUAGACGGCGAAGGCGAGGAGGCCGAAGGGGUGUACAUAUAUCAUGAUCGGAUCGCAGGCGUGUUUGGGAACAGAAAUGAGACUUAUUGCAUACAAGC